AUGGCAGAGAAGAUGGGCUUCCGGAAGAAGGUCUGGCCAUCUCUCUGCCGCUGCUUAGCCGACCAUGUUGAGGUGGCGAGACGGAUCCCGAAGAUCCUCGACGCUUACGUUGGCCCGAACGCGAUAAAGCCACAGCUGAACGAGGCCAUCAUGGUGACCGUGAACAGCGUGAACGAUUGCCCGUACUGCACUGGUCUCCACGGCGAGCUCGCGCGUAUGGCUGGCGUCCAGGAAGCCCCUGAGUUGAUGAAGGCCAAGAGCGCGAAGCAGUGCCGGAAGAUCCUGGACUCGCCUGCCAUCUCGUUCGCUCGGAGCUUCACCGAGAACGACGGCCGCGGCGAGAAGUGCGUCGCAGCCUUCGAGGAGCUGAGCGAGGAGAUGGGCAGGGGACCCGCCAGCUCCGUCGUCGCGCUGUGCUGGUUCCUGCUGUGGGGCAGCAUCAACGGCAACACGAUCAACUCUUUCCUCCUGGGCCGCCUCUGCUGUGCGCCGAAACAGUGCGGAAGCGUCAUAGUCGAGCUUUUCACGUUUGUCUAUUACGGUCCACUGUUCUUGCUCAUCGCCAUCGUGAAUAAAUUGCUGACCAUCUUCCCACAGGUGCCGGAGUGGUUCUCAGCCGCUUUCGGCGUGCUACUUACUUUCAUCGCCGCCGUGUGGAUUUUGCCUUUGGGGCUGAUCGGCUGCAUGACCAAACCGUGCCAUCCAGAGUACGCCGAGCCAAUCGAGGAGUACCUCAUGGAAGACGACGACAACGAUGCUUCCUAG